AAGUAUCGCGCGAGUUGUACACUUUUGCUCUUAAGAAAACUCCGCACUACGUGAACAAGGAAAACCACUUCAUCCGUGUUGUGUUGCAGUUGUUGCACCUUCCUUGCAUGAGUCGAACCUUAAAUACCAUCAAACAAUAGACGACUAAGAGGCAUUGGAAGAUAGUGAGUGCUGAACGCACUUUCCCACCAGAAAACACAAAGAAAGUCAGUCCGCGUAAACAUGAGUAAAUCCACGUCAACUGUCGUACUUUUCACCCUGCUGGUGGUGGCGCUGGCCGUAGUCGUGGAAGCCGCCAAAGAGAAGCACAUCAAAUACAAGGAGAAAGACAUGAUGCGAAAGUCGAUCGUCUACGAUAAGAACACGCCGGAUGUGUUCUACUGCCCGAUGAACAAACCCACCGGAAUGGACAAGAUGAUUGUGAGGUCUCGGCCGCUGCACAAGCUGUGCGAAUUCGAGGGCAAACCUCUGCCACCGGACUACAAAUCCGACUGCUACAAGGAUCUGGACGAAAGCGACUACGCCUGCAAGGAGAAAUACAGAAUCAUGAUGCGCAUGCACCCACCGGGCAGUGAUGCUCCCUUCAACGGAUCCCGGCUGAGUCGGUUCAUCGACAUGGACGAAGACAUGAAGCGAGUCAAGACCAAGAAGCAUCAUUAGUAGUGGUGGGGGAAGAACGAGUGCUUGUUUGUUGACAGAGAACACAAAUUUUGAGUCAUUAGAAUAACUGUCCCGAUCCGGAAAGAAGACGAGGAAGAAACUAAAACAACAUUGUAAAUAAUCAAAUUGCCAUAAUAGCUGCAAGAUUUGCUUGGAACAACAGCUACCGAAAUACUCGCACGUGCAAUCAACUGACCGAUUUUGAAUUUUGUUACAACACUUUUUGUUAGCGUCAAAAUAUCACUGAUUACAUCAGACAGAGAAUUUCGUUGAUAUUUAAAUGUCAUGACAUUCUUCCUUCACCUGACAGCGACUGCUACCGCCAAUGUGAUGAUUUUGUUUUUUGUUAUUGAGUCUCUAAUCUUGAAUGGGGAAUAA